AUGGCUACAAUUGAAAAAUCCGCGGAUAUCAAGAUGGGAGAUCUAAACAAACCAUUUCGAUACCGGAAACGUGGUCCUAUACCUCAGGCAAACGUUACCGAAGAGCCUUUUGUGGCAAUGAUUACAGACAUAAACAUGGUUGAGAAUGUUGAUGGAUGGUGGACUGAUUCUGGUGCAAACCGUCAUGUCUGUUAUGACAAAGAUUGGUUUAAAAAAUAUACUCCUUUUGGAGAGCCCAAAACCAUCAUGCUCGGCUUUUCUGAUGCAGAUUGGAACACUUUAGCAGGUGAUUCCUGUUCUACCACUGGUUACAUUUUUACAUUGGGUGGUGGUGCUGUUUUAUACUUUAGUAUAGCUAAUGCCAAAUAUUAUCAUUCACAAUUGAAGUACUUUAAUGUCAAGGAUUAUGGUGCAAUUGCUGAUGAGAAGAGAGAUAAUAGUCAGGCGUUUCUUAAGGCGUGGUGGGAUGCUUGUCAAUGGAAAGGAAGGAAUGUGGUUUAUAUUCCAUAUGGAACUUACAAGUUAAGAGAAGUUUCAUUUGAAGGUCCAUGUAAUGGUAUGAUGAUAUUUGUAAUAAAAGGUGUUCUAAAAGCUCCAACACAUCUACCAUUGUUCAGUACAAACACUUGGAUUGGUUUUCGUUACAUAGAUAGGCUAGUUGUUAAAGGUGGUGGCUAUUUGGAUGGACAAGGUGCUGCUGCUUGGCCAUAUAAUGAUUGUUCAAAAAACCCCAAAUGUAUGCCUCUUCCUGUGACAAUGAGAUUGGACUUUGUGACGAAUUCAAGAAUCCAUCAUUUGAGAUCAAUCAACAGCAAGAACUCCCACAUAAACCUCUUUGCCUGUGACAACAUAAACAUAAGUUUCGUACGAUUAACAGCUCCAGAUGAAAGCCCCAACACCGAUGGCAUUCACAUUGGAUUAUCAACCAACAUCAAAAUUUCAAAAACCGUAAUUCAGACAGGCGAUGACUGUAUUGCCAUGGUUACUGGAAGCAGAAACAUCGACAUUUCCAAUGUUGCGUGUGGACCUGGUCAUGGAAUUAGCAUUGGUAGUCUUGGUAGAACCCCUGGAGAAGUUGUUACAGGGAUAAAUGUGCGAAAUUGCACAUUUAUUGGUUCUCAAAAUGGUGCAAGGAUCAAAACUUGGGCACCUUCAUUGUCUAGUGUGGCUUCUGAUAUAUUUUUUGGUGACAUUUACAUGGAAAAUGUCCAUAAUCCGAUAUUAAUCGAUCAACAAUAUUGCCCAACUUCUUCUUGCAGCAACCUGGGACAGGACAACUCUAAAGUACAAAUAAGCAAUGUGACAUUCAGUAACAUAUGGGGUACAUCUAGUUCAAAGGUUGCAGUCACCUUAAAAUGUAGCAAAUUGGUGCCCUGUAAGAAUGUGCAGCUUGACAAUAUCAACUUGAAAUACCACGGACGAGGAGGACCAGCCACGUCUUCGUGUUUGAACGUGAUUGGUGAUUCGUAUGGAAGACAAUCUCCUCCUAGUUGUUUAUGAUCGCAUUUUAUUUUUCUCGAUUUCAUUUUCCCGUUGGUGUACUAGG